AUGCUUAAUCGUGCGUUUAAACUCUCGUCUACGUGGAAGUUUUUUCACGAGGAAUGUGAACGCCUUAAAGAGAUCUUCUCCCGACUGCGCUAUCCAGACGACCUUGUGCAGUCAACCAUUCGCCAAUUCAUUGAAUCCAAAGUGUCCGAGGAUUCACACACCCAAGUGGCUGAUAAAAGAGAAGCCCCAAUCAGAAUCGUGUUGCCCUUCAAAGACCAGAAAUCAGCAAACGUAGUACGUAAACAGCUGGCUGACCUGAGUAGGAAGAUCAACGCAGACAUCAGCCCAGUUUACACAAGUAGGAAGAUCAAAGAUGAAAUUAAGGUCAAGGAAGACAAGCCGCCUCUUGUGAGUCAACAAUGCGUGGUGUAUUCUUUCCAGUGUAGCCUGUGUGAUGCAGGUUAUGUCGGCUACACGUGCCGACACCUACACCAACGAAUUGAAGAACACAAAGGAUCG